AUGGCUUGUGCGGACGCUCUGAAGGUUCUUUAUGGUACUCAUAUGUUGUCAGAGGAAGCAGAGUACUGGUGGGAUAAUGCUAGACAAACAUUUGAGGCUAAUGAUUAUGCUGCUAAGUUUGAGAAAUUGUCUAGGUUAUGGCCUUACUAUAAUGUGGUAGAAGUUGAAGUGUCCAAAUGCAUUAAGUUUGAGAAUGGACUUCGCUUAGAGAUCAAACAUUUUAUUGGGUAUCAGGAAAUUCGUCAGUUCUCCAUGUUGGUGAACAAGUGUUGUAUAUAUUAUGAAGACAGACGUGCUAGAUCUGAUCACUACAAGAGUGUUAGUGGAAAGAAGAAUGGAGACCAGAGUCGUGGCAAGCUGUAUGCGACUCCAGUUGCUAAGGAGGAUCAUAAGACUCAUCAUAACACUGCAAGUGGGAAAGGAACAAGUGAGGGAGGUGCUCAUACUCCUAUUAAGUGUUUCAAGUGUGAAGAGUUAGGUCAUCGUGCUUUAGAAUGUACUGCUAUGAAGUAUUUCAAGUGUGAAGAGUUAGGUCAUCGUGCUUUAGAAUGUACUGCUGUAAAGUGUUUCAAGUGUAGGAAACAAGGACAUCAUGCUAAUGAAUGA